UUUUUUUUUUUGAUUGAUUUCUCGGACUGGAUGCUCUUUUCUAUUGACAGUAAAUAACACAACAGCCAACGCCAUGAUUAACGUACAUACUUAGAUAACUAGUGAAAAGAGCAAUACUCAAUAAACGCAAAAUUUAAAUAAAGUUCCGCCCACUCAAAAAAGUGAGCCUGAGAAAGUAGACUUGAGAAAGCGAACCUGAGAAACUCAGUAGAGAAGGCAAUCCACCACAAACAGUACAAAAUGCAGCAGAAGUCGAGCCAGUAUCUUCGUAAGUGUUUCGAGGAAGGUGUUUGCACCAGCACAGUGUGCUUUUGAGAGCCAGAAGUACUAACACGCUGUGGCAGAGAGAGUGAAUCAGAACACAGAAACCAUCAUCAACCGAUUUUCCAACAUCAUCAAACUAUGCUCGGUACGUAUGGAGUGCCCCAGAGAAGAGAAGGACAUCGAACAUCGAACAUCGACUAACACCAGCACCAGAACCAAGUGAUCUCGAUGGAGGACGAUGAGUACGACCACGACUACAUGGAGGAUCGUCCUGAGAACAAGUCCCAGGAGAUGGUCUUGACUGAUCUUUUGCAGAUGGAAACCGACAGCACCACCAUCAUCCGGAUGAUUGAGGAGCUCUUGACGAUAACUAGGGCGUUAAAGGAGUCGUGGAUCUUGAACCAAUUGCCCAACUCAGUGGAGGAUGGACUCGAGAAGAGGCAGAGCAACGAGAGCUCCAUCUGCACCAACCUUGACGCCAGGCUCAACGAGUUGCUUUCUAGGAUCUGUGAGGUGGAGGACAGCUACACCACCAUGGACAACUACGUGCUCUUCAGGGAGAACUCCAGCUAGAUUACGCCAGGGCACUUCAGCUACUUCAACAGCUACUUCACUUCCAUCACACUCCAAUGCUUCACUCAUAGGCAGCAAGUCACCGCCUAUUUUGUGGCCAAAACAGCAUGCGCAGAUGGGAGAUAUCUAUCAUUUACCACGUGGUACAUGUGACUUUGUGUGGAUAAUUGCCGUGUAGUACCCGCAGUAUCAGUAUGGGUUGAGCACUUCUGGCCACAUUUGAGCGUGUCUGCAUUAGGAGCGCCACUGCCUCUGAGCUUACCGCAGCUCAGUAAAAGCUCCUUUUUCUCUUUUGAGCUGGAGGAUAUAAUGCUCUUCCUCUUUCUUUCACUGUUCAGAGAUAAUUGCUGCUAACCACCUAGACAAUCACACUCAAAAUGGCUUUGGAAGAUCUUAUUCGUAUGUCUGCGCUGCUUUUAUUUUCUUCUUGUUUUUCCUGUUUUUAUAACACUAAAAAAACAAAAAAACCCUUAC